AUGACCGGCGGAGAAGCUGCUGGAGAGGAAAGCAACCUUCAAGGAAAAGGUGCUAAGCACAUCUGCAAUGAAGAAGAAGAAAAUGGUUUCAUUGGUUUGGUAGGGACUUGGGGGGAUCAUGACUGUGUUGUGGUAAAUGUCUAUUCACCAUGCUCUCUUGAAGAGAAGCGACAAUUAUGGGAUGAACUUCUUACCUGGAAGCGACAAAGUUCUAUCGCUUGUUGGUGCCUUCUUGGCGAUUUCAAUGCAGUCAGAUCCGCGGAGGAGAGGGUUGGAGUGUUGGCUAAUACAAACGCAUAUGUCUGGGAAACGGCACAAUUCAAUGAGUUCAUUCAUGAUAUGGAAUUGUUUGACAUAUCUCUGCAUGGUAGGAAAUUCACAUGGCUACGACCUAAUGGCCAUGCCAGAAGCCGCCUAGACCGUUUCCUAGUUUCUGAUUCUUGGAUGGGAACUUGGCCCAAUUGCUCUCAACUAGUCCUAGACAGGACUGUUUCUGAUCACUGUCCAGUUCUCAUGAGGCGGAUUUUUCAGAAUUGGGGACCAAAGCUGUUCCGUGUUCUGAACUGCUGGUUGGAAGACCCAAGGUUUCCAAGACAUGUUGAACGAGUAUGGUCCGAAUUGGCUGUCCAAGGUUGGUCCGCUGGUCACAUCCUGAAAGAAAAAUUGAAAAGCUUGAGGGGCAACUUAAAACAGUGGAACCAAGAGGUCUUUGGCGAUUUAAGAGACAAACGGAAUGCUGCUGUCCAGAAACUUAAUGAACUGGACUUGAAGGAGGAACAGUUGGGGCUGACUCCUGAUGAGAUCAUUCAGAGGUCAAGUCUGUUGUUAGAGUUUUGGACUGUUGUGAAGCUGCAUGAGUCUUUAUUAUGCCAAAAAUCUAGAUCUAAGUGGGUUAAAGAAGGUGAUCAGAAUUCAAAGUUUUUUCACUCUACCAUUAAUUGGAGAAGGAAGACAAAUUCUGUUGUGGGAUUAUUGAUUGAUGGCCACUGGGAGGAGGACCCGGAUGUGGUAAAGUCAGAAGUGAAGCGUUUUUUUGAAACCUACAAUGGUGCUAAAAGUUGA